CGCAUCACGGACCGACUGACGUACGGAAUCUUUCUGCUCGCAAUCGCAAUUGUCCAUUUUUGCUCCGCCAGUGAAGUGUCGGACUAUUUUUCACUCCUAAAGUUGUACUUUUCUGCAAGCGCAAGAAAACCCAUAUCCUCGGCAAGAUGCAGGGACUAACGAUGGCUAGUUUGAAGAAAAACCCAGCGCUGAUCCCGCUGUACGUGUGUAUCGCGAUGGGUUCGGCUGGAGCCGUCUUCUACACCCUUCGUCUGGCGCUGAAGAGCCCCGAAGUUACCUGGAGCCGCAAGAACAACCCCGAGCCGUGGGAGGAAUACCGGACCAAGCAGCAUAAGUUCUACUCUCCGGUCAGGGAUUACUCCAACAUUAGCAGCCCGGCCCCGAAGUACACCGACUAAAGUGUCAGCAUAUUGUCAGCCACUGAAGAGGCGCCACCGGCUAUAGAAUGGGGACGGGGAAUCACCACUCUAAUAUAUACCCUAGCAUCAAUAAAACUGGCCGCGGAACGACAACACCGGACGCCCAUUCUCCCUCCCCUAUUGUAGUGCAGAUGUAUUAUUUGUCAUUUGAGCAGCCGCUGGAAAAGACUCAAAGGAUAAACGGAAUUCGAUCGACUAAUUGGAACACAUUUAGCACGCAGUGAUGAAGCGCAUACUUUGGAUAAACAACAUCCCAUCCCAAAACAACAAGACACGGGACGAUUGGUGCUUAUUCUAGUUUGGUUGGCAGUUAGAACUUCUUAUUUGUAAAUAUGGUCCAAUCUGUAUGGGUGUGUGUGUGUGUGGUGAAACGGAACCAAUUGCGCGGCAAAUAAAAUCUGCUGAUUUUGAAAACCAA